GCCAUCAGAAGUUUACGAGAAGACACUUGAUUCUAACAGAUUUGAAGGUCGAGAAACCGUUCAAAGUGUACGCUAUCUCUUAUCAUUAGCAAGGUCGGAUUAUGGCCUUACGUGCUUUUGGCGCCGUACCACUCAAGUUAUUGUGUAGGUCAGAUGAGUUUCUUUUUAGAAACUUUGGACGUCAAUCAUCCCACCUCUUUGUACACAGAGAAACCCCUGAAAACAAUUCUAAUACAACCUUCGAAUUUUCUGCAGAAAACAAAAAGAGACUGGAUGUGAUAAUAUCAAACUAUCCCCCUGCUCACAAGGCUGCUGCUAUAAUUCCUGCUUUGGAUUUAGCUCAGCGACAACACGGAUGGUUGCCAAUAUCCGCUAUGAACAAAGUGGCAGAGAUUCUUAAUGUCCCCCAGAUGAGGGUUUAUGAAGUUGCCACAUUCUACACCAUGUUUAACAGGGAACCAGUCGGAAAGUAUCACAUUCAAAUAUGUACCACAACCCCGUGUAUGCUAGGAGGUGUAGGGUCAGAAGUUAUUCUAAACGCACUCAAGAAAAAACUUGGUAUGUCGUCAUUAUAUUUCGUAACAUUUUCCUAUAAAUUCUUUAAUAUAUCGUUUCUACCAACAUUGUGCUUAACAUUGGUGCCUAUCUCUUGGGAAAUCAUCUCACUUCAAAGUCUGUAUUUUUUAUGUUAAUAGUUAAACAACCAUAGGGAUCCUAAUAAUAUACUAUGCCGUCAGAAUUUAAAGAAUAUUGUCAAUCUAUUAGGAUUGUUUAUGAUAUGGAUUAUUGGACCGUUGACCUAUACAAGCAGUUAUGUGGUUGCCAUUUUGUACUCUUUUAAGUCUAGCCUAACAUUUAUACUGGACUCCUACCGUGAAUCAUAAUAUCGACAACAUGAAUCGUUUGGUUUACCUAACCUAGGUAUUUUUCUGAAAUGCGUUUGUUUAGUAUACCGAUAGUAUAUGCACAUUACAGUCAAGCCUGAAAUAAGCAAGUUAGUUUUCUAGAGGAAAACCGGAUCGCACUUAAACUAUACUGUACAAUACUUAAUUGUGACCUGUACUUUUACAUUUAAACUAAUAUUUGUUUUCUCGGUUUCAUAGGUAUUGAACCGGGUCAGACCACA